AUGGCCUUCCCACUAAUCUUCUGGGUUUUGGUCUACUCAUUUCCCCUCAUCGUUUGCACCGGCAUCAUCCUUGGCACCUCCUUCAACAUCCGACGAUCGAAAACGUGCAAAAACGAGCGCGCCCCACAAACCGAAUCGACAUCGGAAGAUGAUUCAUCGUGCUCUAAUACCAAUCGAAAGCCCGUCUCGCGAGUCCACUCCGUCAGGCGGAGACGAGCGAAAGAAUUCAAGGACAAGAAGAAUUACGACAUGGUGGACAAAAACGCCCUUACCGUAGAAAACAUCCCCAAGGACAUCCGAGAAGUUGAAGUAGUCGACUAUUCGUUAGGCAACACCACCGCCAACAGUUCAUGUUCGGCCUCAGAGAGCUCCAAGCAUGAUUUCGAUGAGAAUAAUGACAACGAUAAUUUUAGUAAUUAUAAUAACAAUAGUAAUACUAUUAAUAGUAGCAAUAUUAUCAAGGCUAUCAUGCAACAGAACGAGCCAGAGGACGACCGGCAAAAGAACAAAAUGGACGUCGUGAUUUCGGACAGCGAGCGAACCAAGAGGCUCGAGAGCUUGAUCGCUCGACGGAGGUCGAGGAAGCUGUUGAGCCUCGAGGUUCGGAGGACACUAAUGAAAAAAGACAGAGGGGAGCACCAUCAUAUUUCUUCCAUUAUUAUUCCGAAAAGCGGUGCAGGCGGGCGGUUCUUGGUGCCGGGUAAUAACCCGCCUAGCCCGGGUUCAGCACCGUCGGUUUUGAUACCAAUGAGGAACCCGUUUGACCUGCCGUAUGACCCGCAGGAGGAGAAGCCGGACCUAACGGGGGAUGGGUUCGAGCAGGAGUUCAUGCCUGGGAAUGGAAGGGACACGAUGUUCUGCAGGCACGGGAGCUUUAGUUCGGGGGCUUUCUUGCCGGGAGAGCUGGGUGCAAGGGAGGUCUCGUCGUCUUUGCCGGAGUCGAGAUUCGUGCAGAGGAAUUUUUCUUCGCUGGGCUGCCGGCAGUUUAUCCGGCCAGGAGGAAGUGAAUUUGAUAAGGAAUUCACCCCGAUACUGGAGCACGAGCCGCACGAACCACCCGAGUCGGAAAUAACUUUCCACACUCCCCACGGUGACCAUAUCAAGGAAGUCAUCCAAGUGAAUGAGAACAAUGGCGACGAAUCACAAACACGACCCUCCCAAGAAGAGCAAAAUACAAUCGGCCCACGCUCGUUGUCCCCCUCGUCGGACGAGGAUGCUCCCAUCUUCAGGAUCGACCGAGAUGCCAUCCUGAAAUCUCUCUCUUCCAUGGCCCGUCGAAAUUCCCCGCUCGAAAAGAACACCGAGCAAAGAGAGGACCACUUGGGUGACUUAAGAGAUCGACUCUAUUACUCGGAUAGGAUUGCCCGCCGGCACAUGGCUUCCAACUCAAUCGCCUCCGAUUUGCAGGUGGAGGUCUCGGAGCUCAGCUCACCACCACUCACAAUUGAUGAGAAUCUCUCGUACCCAGAUUUUGACACGGACUCUUGGGCCGGGUCGUCCCUUCUCGACCUGUCAUUGGCCGAUGAUUACGAGGUGGGUAGGGUCGAGUUCCCGGAGAGCAACGAGGCCCUUGAGGAUCCGGAUGAGAUACAGUGCGGUCACCCAUGGUGUGCGAUUGCUGAGUUCCCGGACAGCUGUCAUACGAAACGCUCGAUGAAUUUGGAAGACAAGCUUGACAAGACCCUGCAACGGUCGUUCAGUCAACUCGCACAAGCUUCAACCCCGUGCAAAGCUAAGAAACAUGAGGAACAUUUUGAUCCGCUUAAAGAGACAGAUGAGUUGGAUGUUCUUCACGACACAAACCAAAACAAAGUGGCUGCAACCGUCGAAGACCUUGGAGAAGAGAGUGCAAACCUCUCUGGAGAUUCUGAAGAAAUGUUGGAGGCCGAACACCUUGAGAUGAUCAUGUCCUCACCGAAUGUUAUCGAGGACCAAAUUCAGCCCGAAUUAACACAAACUACUGAAGCUUUUGCUGAAGCAAGCAAUAAUCGGUCGGAUCAAGGAACUAAUGUCAACGAAUCGCUCCCUAGCUUGGUGCCGAAUCAUGUGGCUUUCGGGUUCGUUCAAAGUUCCUUGCCGUCACCGAAAUCCGUCCUGCACCCAACGUGUUCGGUGUCGAGCUUUGAUCAUUAUCUUGAUGAAGACAUCCAUCAAACUCCAAUUACACGCGAGAACACGACACCUUUCACAGGGCAAUCGGCAGCUCUUCCAGACUUUGACGGAAGGUCCGAAGUUAUUGAGGUCAGCAUGAAAUGCCACGAGCAGGAAUUAAAUGAGCGUAAAGAGAUUGUCAAUGGAGAGGCAACAAAAGGCGAUACCAAUGAAGUGGCUCGUGCAGACUCACAUGAAGAGCAAGGACCUAACGAGCACAAUUUGGGUAAACCCAAUGAUCAAAAAGGACAAGAAAACUCAACUUCACAUUCGGUUGGUGCAACAAAGGAUGAAAUUGUGAAUGUCGUGACAAAGGAUAGUACUUUAUUUGAGCACUCGGGACCAGUAAAGGAAAAUGUUACCUCCACAUCGCACGAGAAAAACGAAGAACACGCAGAAGCAGCACAUAUUCAGACCACAGACAAAUCAAUGCCAGUUCCGGAGAGCGAACAGGACACCGAUGCUACUUUGACAGAAGAAAGAAAGUAA